AUGGAUUCUAUUAAGGCGUUCCUGCUCCUUGCUCUUCUAAUCUUUUUCAUUGCUAGAAUCAAUGCACAGGAACCAGAGGUGGAUUGUUCAGGCCCUACUUGUGCCCCAAACAGCACAUAUCACUCAAAUCUCAAUCGCCUGCUUUCAACUCUUUUCUCCAACGCCAAUAGCAUUGGUAGCUUUUACAACACCACCGUCGGACAAAACGACGACGCCGUUCACAGUCUCUACCUCUGCCGCCGAGACACCACCGUCUCCGCCUGUCAAGCAUGUGUUUCCCGGGCAACCAAAGAUAUCAAGCAAUGCCUCAAUUAUACCCAAGCCCUGGGUUGGUACGACAAGUGCAUGUUACGAUACUCCGACGCCGAUUUCUUCUCCAUAGAGCAAGAUGAUCCCACUCGCGUCCUCUUCAACAACGGCAACGCAACAGAUCCCAAAAGCUUUAUGCAACUGGUGAUCGAUACCAUGAAUGCGGUGGCCAGAGAAGCGGCGUACCGCGGCGGCGGGGGUAGCAAGAAAUUUGCGACGAAAGAAAAAAACUACAGUUCUUUUCAAACUCUGUACACUAUGGCGCAGUGCACACCGGAUAUAUCUAGAGAUGACUGUUAUAACUGUCUGAGAAGAACAAUCCGAGAGUAUCCGAAUUGCUGUUUUGGGAGGUUAGGGGCAAUCGCACGCGCCUUCAGUUGCAACGUAAGGUACGAAUUGUACCCCUUUUAUGGAGUGAUUUCGUCGCUUCCUUCCCCUCGUGUGCCAGAGUCAGCCUUCACUUCCAAUGAUAACGGCAAGCUUUCGGCUAGGACAAUUAUCGCCAUAGUAGUUCAAACAGCGAUAGUCAUAUUGCAAGCCUCGUUCUGCUUCUUGUGCCUUCGGUGGCGGAGAGCAAGUAAGAAUGCUUCAGUUCCUAAAACAGGUGAGACUUCAAGUGUAGAGUCUCUAAAGUUUGAUUUGGAUACCAUCAAAUCAGCCACAGACGACUUCUCCCCCGACAAUAAACUAGGCCAAGGUGGGUAUGGCGAGGUGUACAAGGGCAUUUUACCCGGUGGACAAGAGUUAGCUGUGAAGAGAUUAUCAAGUAGUUCCAAACAAGGUGUACUAGAAUUUAAGCAUGAAGUAGUUACAAUGGCAAAACUACACCAUAGAAAUCUUGUGAGGUUUCUCGGAUUUUGUUUGGAUGAAGAAGAAAAGAUACUCAUAUAUGAAUUUUUGCCCAACAAAAGCUUGGAUAAUUUUUUGUUUGGACUUGAAAACAAAACUAAAUUGAAUUGGUCAAAUCAAUACAAGAUUAUUGAAGGCAUUGCAAGGGGAAUACUUUAUCUUCACGAAGAUUCUCAAUUGAAAAUUAUACAUCGUGAUCUCAAAUUUAGCAAUAUAUUGUUGGAUGAGGAUUUGAAUCCAAAAAUAUCUGAUUUCGGUAUGGCUCAAAUUUUUGGAACUAAUCAAACUCAAGCCAGCACAAGUAAAGUUGUCGGCACAUUUGGCUACAUUGCUCCUGAAUACGCAAUGCAUGGUCAUAUUUCAGUCAAAUGUGAUAUAUAUAGUUUUGGCAUCCUAAUUCUGGAGAUCAUUAGUGGCAAGAAGAAUACAUCUUUCCAUGCAUCAAAUUAUGCUGAAAACUUGCCAACCUAUGCCUGGAAACUCUGGAGGGAAGGAUCACCAUUGGAAUUGCUGGAUCCUAGUCUAAGAAAUUCCUGUCCGGGAAAUGUAGUUAUUAAAUGCAUUCAUAUAAGCUUGUUGUGUAUCCAGGAAAAUCCAGCUCUUCAACCAACGAUACAGUUUAUUAUGGUGAUGCUAGGUAGUCACUCCGUCACCCUGCCAGAUCCUCAGCAGCCAGCUUUUUUGUUUAGUCGCCAUAGAACAGAUUCAAACAAUGAGGCAAGUUUUGAGAACAGCUCGGAUCAAUCUACAAGCACGUCUAUGCAACGAUCUGUGGAUGAAGAUCCAAUUUCUGACAUACAUGUCACGUCGUCUUCAGGUCCCUGUCAUAUCCUCAAUUUGCUGACACUUUGCAUGUGGGAUAAAAGCAAGGUUUCGGCUGCGACAAUUAUUGCCAUAGCAUUUCAAACAGCGAUACUCAUGAUCCAUGUCUCGCUCCAUGCUUCCUGUGCCUUAGAUAUGGAUGAAGAGCAGGCAAGAAUGUUUCAGUUCCUAAGACUGUUUUGGCGUCCUGAUUUUAGAGAUCAUUGUAUCAGCAGCAAGAAGAAUACAUCAUUCUAUGGAUCAAGUUCUGCAGGCCUGGAAGCUCCGGAGGGAAGGGAAGCCAUUCGAAUUGCUGGAUCCUAG